AUGAUAGAAACUUUUUUAAGAGAUAGUUUUGUUGGAUAUUUGUUGAAGAAGAGUUUUAAUUGGAAGCAUUGGAAAUAUCCUGAAGAAGAUGAAUCUUAUGGUAUCCCUGAGGCGUACAGAAACUAUAUUUGGAGUUUGAAAGGAGAAAAACCCUACCUUGAUUCCGAUGAGAAUUUCGUGAAUCCGUUGGAAUCGGAGUACAUUAAAGUGAGUUGGGAUAAUGAAAGCGAUCCACAAAACCCACGGAAUUGGCCAUUAAUACAAAAAUGGGUAUUUGUGUUGGAGAUUUUGUUUCUCACAUCCUCCGUAUAUAUGGCUUCUUCGAUCUAUACCCCAGGAAUCCCGGAACUUAUGGAGGAUCUCAAAAUCGGACGAGUCUUAGCGACAUUGCCCUUAACACUUUUCGUAAUAGGAUAUGGCGUCGGCCCAAUGAUCCUUUCUCCGAUGUCUGAGAAUGCUAUUCUCGGGCGAACAUCGAUUUACAUAAUUACUAUUUUCGUAUUUUUCAUUUUGCUGAUUCCAACUGCAUUUGUUAAGAAUAUAGAGGGUUUGUGCAUUUUACGGUUUCUCGGAGGAUUUUUUGCUUCUCCUUGCUUAGCAACAGGUCCUGCAUCUAUUGGUGAUAUCUUUUCUUUGCCAUAUGCUCCCAUGGUAAUAGGCGUGUGGUCAAUAGGAGUAAUGAGUGCGCCUUCGCUAGGACCUUUAUUGGGUGCUGCAGUGACAUUAGCGGGCGGUUGGAGAUGGACCUUUAAAUAUAUUCUUAUACAGACAGCAGUUGCAUGUUUGCUUCUUGCUCUUUUUCUUCCUGAGACCUCCGAAAAGACUUUGUUACAUAGAAAGGCACAAAGGUUAAGAGACUUGACAUGUGACAGAAGGUUCUUAAGUGAGGGAGAAUUAGAACUACAAGGACUAACUUUUAUUGAGAUAUUGAUUGAUACAUUAUGGAGACCAAUUGAAAUUACUUUAUUAGAACCAAUGGUACUCGCAAUUAAUAUAUACCUUGGAUUAAUAUACUCCAUAGUGUAUUUGUGGUUUGAAGCAUACCCUAUAGUAUUUGGCGAAAUGUACAAGUUCGGUCUUGUUACCACUGGUUUAUCUUACCUCAGUAUUGUCUUGGGAGGAGUAUUUGGGGCAUUAAUAUAUAUACCUUUGACUUAUAAAAAUUUUACAAUUCCUUCCCUUAAAAGAGAAGACAUUUCUCCGGAGUCAGUCUUAUUCGUUGCUAUAAUUGGAGCAGUUCUCAUGCCAGUAGGUAUAUUUAUAUUUGGAUGGACUGCCAACCCACACAUCCAUUGGAUAGUUCCCAUAAUUGGUGCCUGUAUCUAUUCCAUAGGAGCUUUUUUGACAUUCCAAGCCUUGUAUCAGUAUUUGAGUAUGUCGUUUUGGAAGUACAUGGCGUCUGCAUUUGCUGGUAAUGACUUGUUUCGUUCCGUGAUGGCCGGAGCAUUUCCUAUAUUUGGUAAACCUUUAUUUUCGAAUUUGUCUAUUCCAGAAUUCCCCGUCGCUUGGGGUUCAAGUCUUUUAGGCUUCAUUUUGACUGGAAUGAUAAGCAUUCCACUCUUAUUUUAUUUCAAUGGGCUGAAAAUGCGUGCGCGGUCUAAAUAUGCUUCUUAA